GAAACGCGUCUUCACAUCUCUAGAAUUUGCUUGAAGAUCAACUACAGUCUUCUUGAUAAUUCGCUUGCAUCGAAGAACUUUGCUAUACAUCUGCCAGAAUAAAAUUUCAAAUGGCUUCACAUAAUAAAAGAAAUGCAGGGGAAGAAGUGCCAUUAACAGAAGGAUCUACUAAAAUUGCUAGGACCGCCAACGAAAUGGAAUCAAAUCCACAAACAUCCAUGGCUGCUUUAUUCAGAGCAAACAAGAUGGUUCACGAUCUAAAGGAAUCGCAGCUUCGUACAAUUCUCGUUCAGGCAUAUGUUUCUCAUCCCGAGAUAGCUCAUGUGGUAGAUUUGGAACAUGAAAAGAUGGAACAUUUGGAUAAGACACCGUCCGAAUCAGACCCUGAAUCGGACCCCGUCUCUCUUUCUGGAGCUGGCCGUGCUGUUGGAGUUUACAAAGAGCGGGACGAAGAUGAUGAGGGUUCAGGCUCGGAAGAUGAAGCUUCGAAGAGAAAAAGAAAAGUGACGGAACUCAAAGAACGCGGUAUCGACGACUCGUUCUCGUGUUCAUGUGAUACUGGUUGCGCAAAUGGCAGAUGCGAAUGCUCCAAGAAUUCUUUUAGUUGUGGUCCAAACUGCAAAUGUGCCUCGUGUGGCAAUUAUCUAAACAAGUUUGCCCUGUUCUUCGGAGAACCUAGACUUCGCGCUACAAAUUGUUUUGCGAGUUGGAUGAAAGCGCAGGGGCCUGAUCUGGAUCUCGAUUCCGCAUUUACACAAGAGGAAUUACGAAGUAACAUUAUGGGAGUCGAUGAAAAGAAAUACUACGAUGCGCCUCAAGGACCAGUAUUCUCCGAUGGUUCUAACCCGGAAAUACAACAGCUUGGUGAAAAGUGGCUCGAGGCAAGGACUGAAGCAGAGAGGAAACCUAUUCGAAUGAAGUUGUUCAGAAAGGCAUUUGUUGAGGAUGGUGAACAUUUUUUCUCUUUCUGCUCUGGUGGAUGGGAGGAAUUCAACUGCACUGUUCAUUGUUCCGUUUGUGAUGAAUGUAACGACUGGAGAGACUGGCACUGCAAGGAUUGCGGGAAGUGCUCAUAUGGAGUUACUCUCCCUUGUGAUGGUUGUGGUGGAGUUUCGAAUGGGUAUCAUGAUCAAUUCGAUGAUAUGUGGUAGGAUUUGACCAAUUUUGAUUAUGAGAACGCCAUAUCACCAUCACUUCACAAGCUAAGUUGAGCAGCAGCUUCCCAAGAAGCUCUUUUAUUUAUUUUGGUGGUGGCUAGGCAUAAUCCUUAUAACGAAACAAUUUUUUAACACAAUGCGUUGUUAUAUGCUAUCACUACAAGCUCAUGUCAAUAUACUACUGUCUCA